CAUUGUGCGAGCUGUAACUUCCUGUCAAUCGCUGUUGACAACACAGCCGAGUUGUAUUAUUUACGAUCGCGAAUUUCUUCGGAAAAAUUGUUUCACAAAUGUUUAAGAACUGUUUUGUGUUCCAAUGGUUUCAGAGAAUUUUCUACUCCAUUUGAUUACAAGGAUUAUUGUAUGGUAAUAACUUGAUUUUGACGUUUGUUUAUCAGUCGUAUUCUACUUCCUCAACAUCUAGUCAUAUAUAUAAAAAAGAGUUGUGCGUAAAGGUCAGGAUAGAGAAAAUUUGAUUCUCCGUGCACCCGCUAAGAUGUACUCUAUGUGGAUCCAAUAUUGUUUGUAUGAGUUUGGACGGAUGACAGUAUUAGUUAUAGCAUUGUGUGUGUUGAUCUUUUAUCUACUGAAAUGGACAAGAAACUCUCAGCAUGGUAAUCUGUGGUUCAAAGCAGUAGCGAUUAGACUAAAAGCCAAACUCAACAAAAGGUUUGCGUCAUUCUUUCAAAUGAUGAGAAAUGUCAAUUCCAAAACAUCGCCACAUAGAUACAAGUCUACUCCAGAAACAACAAACCUUGCUCGGGUAGCGAGACUAAUCCUUGGUCCAUGCACAGAUCUGCUGCGUGAUAUUCUCAAAAGAAAACAUCCACCUUCCAAUUUAUCAAAAACUGUCAAAACUUGGGUUGAUGAUCUGAAAAGGAACAAAAUAAAGAAUCCAUUGAAUAAACAACAAAUUGCUCUCAUCUUUCCCCUUCCAACGAAAAAUUAUGGCGGGGAUUAUUCAGAUUUUGACAUUAGUUUGUUGUACAUUCUUCUACGAAACGUGUGUAAAAUAAUUCCACACAAUAAGGGAUGGGGAGAAGAACCCGAUCCUACGGACAAUAGUGUAUCUGCCAACAUAGAAAGAAUCAGACUGACAAGAAACAAGUACUAUGGACAUGCAGGAGAUUUCUCUCUCACACAAUCUAACUUUUUAAGGGAAUGGCAAAACAUUUACAAUAUCACUGUUGAGUUAGAACAACAUAUUGGAACUUUGACUGUUUACCAAGAUGCUGUGAACGAUAUAAGAACAUGUUCCAUGGAUCCAGAAAUAGAGGCCAAAUACAUUGAUAAACUUUUACUUAUCGAUGAAUUGUGUGAAACGGUUAAAAGUCACACAGACGAAAUUAAGAAACUACAGCAAGAUAUCCUUCCAAAUGUUAAGGAUGAAAUUAAGAAACUACAACAUGUCAUUCCUCCAAAUGUUAAGGAUUUUCCUGAAAGACAAUUAAUACAAUGGAGAGAAGAAGAUGAGGUUUACAGUGAAACUCACACUUUCCCGGAUAUGCUGAACAAAGUCCGGACACAACCUUAUAUGACAUUUGUUGGAGACCCAGGGUCUGGAAAAUCAGCAACGAUUCAUCACAUAGCCCUGAUUCUAGAGAAGGAAGGUUACGAGGCUGUGCCAAUUAUAGACAUCAGUGAGAUUUACCGUUAUUGUGACCCUCAUAAUCCCCAGGUUUUUGUCAUCGAUGAUGUGGUAGGUGUGUUCGGUCUGCAAACACAAAAGUUAGAGACUUUAGUUGACUAUGAAAAAAUUAUUUCAGAUCCGUCCAGACAUACAAAGGUACUGAUGUCAUGCAGGGAAGCAGUGUUAAAUGAAUGUUACGAAUCCUUUUUCAAAAAUGAGGAAAACGUAAUCAAAAUGUGUAGUCCAGAAAAUUCAUUGAAUGAUGAAGACAAAAAAGCCAUUUUUCAGAGGCACGGCUUGGAUAAAGAUUUAUUGUCCCCUACAUUACUGAGAGAAGCAUCGGCGAUGUUUCCUCUAUUAUGUAAACUCAUAUCAAAAGAGGCGAGUUUUAGGAACAACAUUGAAAGGUUCUUAACUUGUCCAACUGCAUGCAUUUUAAAGGAGUUUGACAAAAUGCGGGAACGGAAUAGAUUACAUUAUGCUACAUUAGUCUUAUGCCUGUUAAAUAACAAUAAAUUAUCAAAGGAAAUAUUAAACGACACAGAAAAUAAGGUUUUCUACGAAAUGAAACAAAAAGCAUUAGAAAAUUGUGAAGUUGAGAGUUACACGGAUCCAUUUAAAUUUGUUAAAGCAUUGUCAGUAAUGGAGGGGACAUGCACAAAACUCUGUGGUUCUGAAUAUACCUUUAUUCAUGACUCCAUGUUUGAAAUCAUUGCUUAUCAUUUUGGUUCUAAAUUCCCAGAUCUCAUAUUUCAAUUUAUGAGUAGUAGUUACAUUGCUAACUAUGUAAAGCUUCAAAAAUAUGAAAUGCUUAAAUUAGAGAGUGAACUAAAGCAAGCAAGUGAAAAAGUUGCAAUCAAAAGUGAGGUUAAAAAUGAAAAAAACAUUGCUUGUGAAAGUUCACAAAAAGGAGAGAAAGAGGCUUUAAGUGCUGAAAACUGUGAUAGAAUGGAGUCAUUUGAUCUCUGUAUAAGGAUAGGUGAGGAUCAGUACUCUUUGUUAGCAGUGCGUUUGUAUAGAGAUAUAGAAAAUAUGGAGCUGUAUGAUGUUUUUAUGAAUAAUGUUUUGAAACAGACUAAGGUAUGUCAGGCUUUUAUUGAUGUGUUAGAGAGAAAGUCUUACACAGAGUUGAAGUCUUUAUUUUUGUCAGAACAGAAAGACGUGUCUAAAGUAAUGAGUAAAGGAAAACGUGUGAGAAAGGAGAUUGGGGAGAGGGAUAAGAGGAGCAGAGAGAGGCACAGACAGGAGGUGUUGGUGAAUGGUAUAGGAAUAACAUACAGUGUGAGGGUUAUUAGUUGGGUAGUUUACUACGGACACAGUCAGAUUAUGCAAUAUAUUUUAGAGCAAACUGAUUUGCACAAAGAAACGCAGUCUGAAUUUUUUUGGAAUUUUUUUCAUCUGGAUUUCACUCAAACAACAAAACAAGAUAAAAAGAAUAUUGCAGCAAAUUAUCAAAUAGAAAAUCCAUGGUCAUUCAGAGACCCGGACAUUAAUGGAUCCAUAUCUGAACACAAACGUUUACUUUUGCUGAGUUGUUACAAUGGAGAUUUAGAAACUGUGAAAAUAUUUACUAGAUAUUUCAAAAGAGAAACAAUUUAUAUGACUUAUCCAAAUUUAGACAUUAAAUAUGUAUUAGGAAACAAAACACUUUCAGCCGCUUGUGAGGAGGGACAUCCGAGUGUAGUGAAGGAGCUGUUAGAGGCAAGGGCUGAUGUUAAUAAAAAAGAUAUGUAUCAUACACCUCUGACAGCUGCAUGUGUGGGUGGACAUCUGGGUGUAGUGAAGGAGCUGUUAGCGGCAGGGGUUGAUGCCAAUCAAAAUGAUAAGUAUGAUACACCUCUGACAAUUGCUUGCGAGGGUGGACAUCUGAGUGUUGUGAAGGAGUUGCUCGGGGCAAGGGCUACUGUCAACCCAUAUGGUGUUUAUAAAUUACCGCUGAUAGUAGCUUGUGAUGGUGGAUUUAUAAAUAUAGUGAAGGAGUUGUUAGAGGCAGGGGCUGAUGUAAACGCAAUUUGA